AUGUUCUUCCUACGAUAUCUCGAGCGCGAAAUCAGCAUCCAUCCUUCCUUUUUCGCAGCUAAUGUGAACGAGAGGCUCAAAGAUCAGCUCUAUGCGGAUCUGGAGGGUAGCUGCAAUGGAGAAUAUUACAUUGUGUGCAUAAUGGACAUCUACAACAUCUCUCCUGGGAGAGUUAGGCCGGGUUCUGGAGAUGCGCACUUUACUAUCCUCUACCGAGCCAUUCUAUGGAAGCCGUUCAAGGGAGAGACGAUCGAUUGCGCCGUCGCCUCUAUCAAGGAACAGGGGGUCUUUUGCGAAGCCGGGCCUCUUGGUGUGUUUGUCUCCAAGCUGCAUCUUCCGCCUGACAUGCGAUACAAUCCCGACGCCACUCCACCCCAAUACUCCAACAACGCAGGAGAUGUGAUCGAGAAAGGUUCGGCCGUCAGAGUCCAGCUGAUCGGACUGCGGAGCGACGUGGGUAAGAUGUUUGCGGUGGGAAAGAUGUCCGCUCAAUGGUUUGGGUAG